AUGGCAUGGCAGAGGAACUCCUGGUCCGCGAACAACUUAUUGAUGCUGGCGCUUGCUAGUGCUAGGGCGUAUCAACAACCAAUGAAAAUGUGCCAAAAGAGAGGACCGGAGUUGCGGCAGUACAAAGCCGGGGAUUCGCUGAGGUUGGGAUUGUGUCUUACCUUCAAAGAGGAUAACCUGCGUCUCGGGACAUUGUUCAAGGAUCUCAUUCGAGACCCAGAGAGAGAUAUAUACCGGGUUGGGACAUGCCAACAAGCCUUCUCCGACGUCAACAUCCAGAGAGGAGAGUACAUAUACUUUGAGUUCUGCGAAGACCCAAGGAAGCUCUUCCAUGUCAUCUACAAUAUGUGCGCAGUGUUCAGUUGCAAUCCUGAGAUAUUACCAAGGGAUGCCAGGCUCGCAGCCAUGGGUAUACUCUUCAAUGGCACCCGAGAGCAGUUUGACGAUGCUGGUCGCGUAGCGCCAAAGCACUUUCUUGAUGUGCGUGAUUGUGGCCUGAUGUUUUAUAACUCGGCAGAGAUACCUGUGUACCUGUGCUACGUUCCAUCUGCAAAGCUAAAAGCUCCACGUACUGCACGUACGGCCGGAGACAGUAUCAUCAUGAGCCAGGCAAGCACACAACACAAACCUUCCAUAGCCGAGCUCAAGCAAGCCGAAAGCAGCGAUAAGCAUGGCACGAACUCCAGGAUCUCUGAGUACAACAAAGAGCAACAAGUGACAAAGUACCUACUGUUUGGACCGGAGCAGGCGCGGCAAUACAAAGCCGGGGAUGUGCUGAGGUUGGGAUUGUGUCUUACCUUCAAAGAGGAUAACCUGCGUCUCGGGACAUUCUUCAAGGAUCUCAUUCAAGACCCAGAGAGAGAUAUAUACCGGGUUGGGACAUGCCAACAAGCCUUCUCCGACGUCAACAUCCAGAGAGGAGAGUACAUAUACUUUGAGUUCUGCGAAGACCCAAGGAAGCUCUUCCAUGUCAUCUACAAUAUGUCCAUAGCAUUCAAUGCCAAAGCUGACAUACUAGGAAAGGAUGCCAGGCUCGCAGCCAUGGGUAUACUCUUCAAUGGCACCCGAGAGCAGUUUGACGAUGCUGGUCGCGUAGCGACCCAGUUCUUUACUGAUGCGCGUGAUUGUGGCCUGAUGGUUUGUGACUCGGCAGAGAUACCUGUGUACCUGUGCUACGUUCCAUAUGUAGAGCCAAAAGCUCCACGUACUGCACGUACGGCCGAAGACAGUGCCAUCAUCAACCCAGACAACCAGGCGACAAAGAACUAA